AUGAGCACACCGUCCAACCCACAUGCGCCCACAUCUCAACAGCUCCAUGCGAAUGGCCCAUGGCUGACGCACUCUCGUACACUCUCGCGCGACAGAAGUCCAUCACCUACCCAAUCAACCUCUCGACAAAGCCGGUCAAGACAAAGCACUAGUACUGGAGACUUUUCAGCAGGGGAUGAUCUGGGUCGGACGAUCGGCAAGGGUUACCAAGAGAUCCAAAAGAGGACAUUGACUAAGUGGAUCAAUGUUCAACUUGGCACAGUUGGCGAUUCAAUCACAAAUAUUGAGACUGACCUGAGAGACGGUCGAAAGCUACUCAGUCUGCUAUCAGUUGUAGCUAAAGAGCCAGUACCUAAGCCAGAAAAAGGGAAAAUGAGGAUUCAUCACCUAUCAAAUGUAGCCCAAGUCUUCAGUUUCCUUGAAAAGCAGACUGGUCCGGGUGCCCUACCUGAUAUUGGCACCGAAGCAAUCGUAAAUGGCGAUCUCAAAAAUACACUCGUCUUAACAUUUUUUAUUAUGCUAAAGUAUCAGAUCCAACUUAUUCUAACUGACGAAAAUGGUGCUUUUAUAAAAUCUAUGCCUAAGAUCGACCGUAGCUCAACUGACCUUUCGAUCGAGCCAUCAUCUCCCCUUCCAAGUUUAUCUUCAGCACUAACCGGAAAACGAAGCAGUCGCUCCGGAGAAAUGGGGGAAAAGGCUCAAAGCUCGUCAUCCGAGGCCAAAAUGGCCCUACUUUAUUGGGUGCGUCUACAAUUAGAAGACUAUGUAGCUGUUCAUGUUCUACCAGAAAUUCAGGACUUUUCACGGUCAUGGCGGACAGGCAUAGCCUUCUGUUUACUCAUCCACCGGCAUGAUCCAUCCCUUUUACCCAGCAUAUUCACAGACCAUAUACAUCGAGACACAUCAGAACGACAAAUAUGCUAUGAUUUACUUAAUCUUGCCUUUGAUCUUGCAACAACACAUAUGAAUAUUCCACGCUAUCUAGAACCAGAAGAUUUAACUGACGUAGACUACCCUCACGAACCUAGUGUAAUGCUGUAUGUAAGUGCCUACUACAGUGCUAUGUCCAAACAACAACAGGAAGAUCCGUCAAAGGAGGAGGCGCGUGCAAAUGAACGCAAAAAAGCGAUCCGCCAGGUGUUUGGGAACGUACUACCCAUGAGCCUUAAUACCCAAUUGCCCCUCUUGACACUCGAAACUAGCACGCCAAUACAACCCCCCGACACACUCCCACAAAACACAAAGGAGUCUAUAUAUCUCCCUGUCGAUAACCAAAAUAUCUCUGUUGAAAAUUCACAAAAUACCCUCACAACACCUGCUCAUCUAGCUAUGGCUGAUCAGCUCGAAAGACUUGACGAUCUUUGGAAAAAUAUUAAGCCUUCCCAAGAAACAGACAAUCUCCAUCCACUGGAUGGAUCUCUUGCUCAGGCACAUUCUUAUCGACAGGCUGUUAACAUGGCUACAGAAGAAACAUAUCGUCUCGGAGAAGCCAUCCAAGUCGCAAAUCCCCCACUUGAGCUUUCAACAGCUUAUCAAUCUCUAGUAGAGUUACAACAAGAUAAACAGCGAGACUCUACUGCCUUUGAGCGAGGCGUAUCAUUUUUGCAUAUUACACAAGCCAUGAUUGAUGAGCUUGAAUUAGUUCAUCAGAUGAUGAACGACAAUCAACAAAGCAUUACUGAUCAAGCCAUUCGACAAUUAGAAGAGCGAGUGGCAAUGGUUAGUGCCACAAUCGAUGCAGUUAAAGAAGAAUAUAGCUCUCUUUUAGGGCAGGAUGAUGACGAAGAUGAUGAGAAAGAAUAUCACAAAAGAACAGACGAUGAACAACGAUUCUUUGAUCACCUCCAGACAGUUGAAGAACGAUACGAGACUGUACAAGACUGGGUUGACCAGGUCCGAGUUUGGUUUGUGGAGGCAGAACGAAUUCGGAAGUGGAUCGGCGAGCGUAUUGAUCUUAUCGAAAAUCGCAAUGAGCUUCAUCCAAUUGAUCCCCUUGGUCAGGAAAUGGCACUCGAAGACGAAGAGACAAUCCAACUUCACGAGGAGCACGAGAAACUUAAAAGAGAAAUCGAACGGUUUGAUGGAAACGAUAUGACUAGAUUACGGUCGCAUGUAAAGACUUUGACGGUUGCUGAACGUGAUCGCGAACUCAGUCCAGCCGAUACUUCAACUAUCGAAAUAACCCUAACAACACUUAAUAUGCUUAAUCAGUUGAUGCAUCUUCUUCGAAAGCGAUCUCUCACACUUGACCUUGCAAUGCUACGAGUAAAAUGGGAGGCUCUGUUUGGAACGGCAGUCGAAUGGAUUGUUAGUACAGAUGAAGAUAUGGAUGUAUUUUUGGACGGAAAAGCCCGCUGGUCUGAAAAAGAAGAUAGUUAUGAGUCCGGGAUUGAGCAAGUGAUCCAAACGCUCGUUAACCUCGAAAACAGAAUCGCUGAUUUUGAUAGUGGUACUUAUUCUCAUGUUUUGGAAGCUUAUCAAGAAACCGAAGAUCUUGCAGCCACUGCAUUACCAGAGCAUCUAGAGUGUCGCCAGUCCGGAUUUGAAAAGGCAUUCGAGGAUCUUAUGAAGCGCAGUAGUUUUAGCAGAAAGGUUGUGGAGCAGUUGCUGUCGGUCAUUCAUGCAGUAAAUCAGUUUAAACAACUUCGGGAAGAGGGAGAAGCACUUCGACAGGCAAUGCUUGAUUCUGCUGACCAUUGUACACGCUCUAGUGACGACGAAAUAUUUGCAGAAAAAGUUCAAGCUUUUAAGGAGAGUUCUGCACAUGUCAUCACUCAUGUUGGUACCCGUGUACCGUACCCAUCUGUGCCUGAGAUGUCUACAGCAAUGGGGCGACGCGAUGCAUACCACAAUCAAAUGACAAACGAAGCAAUUAAGAGUACUAUCAGUGCUCACGGAAUGUCUCUUGCUCUUAUUGCUGAUGGUCUUGAUCAACUUCUCAAGUCGCGCCAUUCUAUUAUUUCUCUCCAGCAACGGGCUAGUCUUGCCUAUGAUGAAAUGGGAAAGGUGACUCAGUGGAUGGAGGAACGUGCAAGGGCACUGUCAAAAACCCGCCUCGACCAGAAUGAAGAUUGUCGUAUGGAGGAAGAGGAAGUCAGUCGCCUUGAGAAAGAGCGCGAUGGAAUCGCAGUACGAUUAAAUCAAAUGGAAGAAGACGAUCUCACACGUUUACGUGAAAUUGUACGUUCCUUAGAAGACGAAGUUGAUGCCUCAAAUGCUGUAGCAAUUGAUCGCAGUGCAUUAGUAAAUAGCAUUGAGCGUCUCGAUAGAACACAUGCUCAUCUUCAAGAACUUCUGGCACAUAGAGCUAGCGCUUUAGACAUACUUAAGAAAAGAAUUUCAUGGGAGACUCAGUGGUCUCGUACCAACCAGUGGAUCAUUACUAUUGCCAGGAAGCUUUGGGAUUUUACUGCCAAAAAGGCCCGCUAUGACCCCAUUAAGGACAAUGUUGAUAAGCCUUCAUACGCCAAUGACAAGGAAAAUAUGCAAGCCUGGCAGUCGCUUCAUGAUAAAGUUGUUGAGAUUGGAGACCGUCAUUUACAAUUGACCAACGAUCAGUUCCAAGCUCUUUCCGACUGUUACGCGGAACAAGAUAGCAAUGAAACCAUGCCAAGUUCAAUGAAUGACCGCCAAAAUGAACAACAGCAGCGUUACGAAGAGCUGCAACACCUCUCCAGUCAUGCUGCUGACUUGAUGACUCAGCGCUCGACUAUUACCGAAUUUUUACUACGUGUACAGGAUUGUCACCACGAGGGUGAAAAAAUUCGUGACCUUAUUACCAAAAUGAUGCGGCGUAUUAUGGAGCAAGAUGCUCGUCCCCUUGAUACUCGGGUUACUGCCUUCAAAGAAGAGAUACGUCGAGUGUGGCAAGAGUGUGGCAAGUCAAUGCCAUUUCCCGUAUUUCGUGGUCAGCUUCUUUUGUCUCUCCAGCCUGCAGAGGUCUCCAAUAGCACGCACAUACGCCAACAAAUACGAGCUCUCCUUGAGCGCAAACAGCAAGAGCUACAACAGCUUGAAAAUACUAUCGACGAUCUCCUUAAAGCAUACCAGGAAGCUGAUUCAAUGAAGAGUCUAGUAAGUCAGUAUGAUCAAGAAGCCGCUCGUUUGCGCCUUUGGAUUGAGGAGAACAGCGAACGUUUGCAGCAUCAACACAUUGAUGUUGCUGCCGAAGUCAUCACAGACUUAACACCAGAAAAUCUUGAAAGUCGUUGGAAACACCAAAAUGAGCUGUGUGGCGCUCUUGAGCAGUUCGAAGCUGGUGAAGUGAAGACAUUACAUGAUAGCAUCGCAACCUUAAUAGAGGAAUCCAUGAAGAAGAAAAAGAACCGAACAGUAGAUGUCUCAAGUGCAGCCCACAGUCUUGGCGAAGUUAUGAAUAGUAUAGCCCAACUGAAACAAAAUCUAUCCCAUCAGUCCGUAACCCUUGAAGCAGCAAUGCGUCGUAGUGUCUGGGAAAAGAAGGUUGAAGAGGGCUUGGGACACCUUGAAACUAUGAAUGAGCAACUCCGCCAGUUCACAUCUAAAAAGAAUCAGUGGAUUGCCCAAGAUAAUUUAAGUGAAGAGCAUGUUUAUACUCUGGAGUCUGAUUUGGCUCAACUUGUAGCUCAACGAGAUGUUUUUGAGGACGCUUUACUUCCAGAAAUUCAGGCAACAUACGAGGAUUUUAUUGCUUACUUCCCUCGCCUUGCUCGUCCGAUGGCUACUCCUGACCAUAUAGAAGCUAGCAUGGAAGGACUGAACCGUUCGUCGGCCAGGUUCCAGGAACAACUCACAUCUCGCACAAAGGAACUUGAGUUAAUUCAGCAGAGAUCUGAAUGGGAGCAGGUUGUAAGAGAUGCUUUAUCAUACUUGUCCAAAGGAGAAGCCGCCAUUGAAAGCUUUGUAGAAGAUAAGGCACGAUGGCAUCCAAAUGCAGAAAUGCAAGAAGAAGACGAAGAGCGUCUACGAGCUGAAUGGGUUGGUCUCAGGGAUCAGUUCGAAGCCUAUCAGCAAUCUACAACACUUCCACUCAAGCAGCAAUUUGAUGCAUUACGUGAUAUGGCAACAAUGUAUAAUGCUAGUCUAGUUUCUGAAGCCUUGGCCAAACGCAUGGAGGAAAUGGAUGGAGCAGAGAAGCGACUUGAUUCAGGACUUGUGUUCUCCAACAAAGUUGUGACCCAGAGAUGUUUGGUAUCCGCAUUUAUACUCAGAACAGCCCAGUUAGAGCAGUCUGCCGAACUCAUACGUGAAGAGUUUAUGGCUUCUAAAGAGCAAGCUGAGACUAACACAGAACGUCUCGAACUUUUCAAGGCUGGUAUUGAGGAUGUCCGUGAGAAUCUUGCUGGUAGUAUUCCGUACCCUGUCCGUAGUCCAGAUAACACAAUGGGACGUCUCAAGGAUGAAACAACAAAUUCAGUUAUCAAGGAUACAGUAGAGACACGCCAUCGUCGAUUAGAUGAACUUUCGUCAAGUCUUCAGCUCUUAUUAGAAUCUAAAGAGCGUAUAUCACGUCGCCGUAUGUCCUUACACACAUAUCAGCAGCAAGUCGAAGCAUGUGAAGCAUGGAUUGGAUCCCGGCGCGAACUUCUCCAAACCCAUCUUGAAACCGAUUACACAAAACAAGAUGCCUUACAGCUCAAGGAGACUGUUAGCUUAGCUGAUAGUAUUGAAACCGCAAUGACUGCCCAUGAAAAUGUGUUUACAGUCCUCAAGAAUACCUUUGAAAAAUGCAAGGCUGCAUUUGACGAACAGCUGGCUGAAGAGGGUGACGAAGCUCUCGUUAAGGAAUUCAAUGCUAUUGCCCCACUCCAGAACCAUCUUGACAAUUCCUGGAAGACCCUAUUGACAGAGGCUGCCACUGCCACCAAAAUCAUUUCUGCCGCUUUGGUUCCUGCUCAGCUCGAGGAGCGCCUCGAGUCUCUAAUCGCAGCAAUCGAAAAUCUUCAGGAGGCAAUGGCCAAGACUGAUUCUACAGAUCUCACAGACGAAUGUCUUGCUCAAUGGCAAAAGUCCGUAGAUGAUCUAGAGAUUAAAUCAUUUCAUGGAAUCCAAGUUGAUCUUGAAGAAAAUCGAUCAAAAAUUACUGAAACCAAGGUUGACCAGCUUUCGACCCAACUUGAAAAAUGUGGCGAAGGCAUUUUGGCCAUUCGCUCUACAUUGGCUGGAUUGUAUGAUGUGGUCAACGUAAACCGCUUGAAACGUACUUAUAACGAGAACAUGGUAUUACUCCAAGAAAAGAUGGCACAACUGCAGAAGUUACUGGAAAAUGCCCUCGAUCAUUGUAAGCAAUUGGAUGCGUCAAGCGAAGUUCGUAUUUUACAACAGCACGACCUUGGUUCCCUAUCCAAAGAGAUUAAGCGUGAUAUGAAUGACAGUAAAGAAGCAUAUGAUGAUGUUUGCGGAUAUCAUCACUUAAUUAAGUCUCAAGGCUAUCAUGGAGAUCUCCAGGAGAGCCAAAAUCUUAUUGAUGAAAGCUGGAAAGAAGUUCAGAACCGAAGCUUAGCCCUCGCAAGCCAUGUCACUCGCGUUGCUACCUGGAUAAGCUGCCUUGACAAACUUGAUCAAUUUCAAGCAGAUCUUUCAGUGACCCGGGCUAACCUUGAACAGGCACUUACAGCCGAGAAAGGUCCAGGUCUUUGGACAGGUGUCUCAAAGACCAUUGAUAAGGUUAACACUGGCCUUGAUGGUAUGGCUAAUGUGGGUGAAGGCGAGGACAUGCAAACCGAUAAAGAUAAUUACAGCCAUUGGAAACAUCGCCAAGAAGAACUUUUUGCACUUACUCAUCAGUUAGCAGCAGACCUUUCUACUCAUCAACUGUCUUGGGAAAGAGAAAAUCUCGCAGAAACUUUCCAUGCAGAUAUCAAGCGCUUGUGCAUGCUGUGUGAAGACGAACUAGAAUCCCUCCGACACUUAAAUUCUCUUCAGACUACUUUAGAAACAAACGCAAUGGAAGAAGUUGUCCAAAAGAAUAGUAUUACACUCGCAAGACUACAUGAUACCUAUGAUAGCUGUAAAGAAGAGGUUGACUGCCUUGUGGGGCAACAAGGAAAGGAGCUUGCGACAAGCUUGGGUCAGACAAUAACCGAGGUGGAAGAGACGACCGCACCCCUUAUAGAUUUGAUGGAUACUUGGAAUACAAAUAUGACUAUCCAGGAUGACUGCCUUGAUUUAUUACGUGAGACAACUAAGCAUGUUCAACAAGGUGAUGUUAUUCAGUCAUCUCUUGAGGAUCUUAAGUCAGUCGUUAGCGGCAAGCCGGUUCAGCCUGAUCGCCCUAGUCUUGAUUUGGCGGAGAUCGAUCAAUUGUACGAGUCUUUGGAUGAAUCUGUGGCUUCAUUUACUUCUGAAGGAGAUAAUCUACAGAAAAAGCUUAAGAAUUAUGUUGAUGGACAUGGCGGAUCUUUGGCUGACGGAGUUAGUGUGAGACAGGAGACAAUUAUUAACGCUUGGAGUGAUUUGAAGCAGCUUGUUAUUGAUACCCGGGCUCGUAUGGAAGAAGCUCAGAAACGGCGCCAGGUUGCCACCAAACUUUCAGAAGCACUGCGCUAUGUAGGAGAUAUGAAAGAUCGUGUCAAUGCACUUCAAUUUACUGGAAAGAGCGUCAAUACUGAAGAAGAAGAACUGCAAAAGACACAGGAUGAAAUUGACCAAAGACUUGGCCGAAAGACAGCUGAUAUUGACGAAUUGCUGGCUAAUUUAACCGACGUUGAUCAGACCCUCAUAGUCCAACGUGCACAGCUCACAGUAGACAUAGAAGAGCUACGUGAACUGAUUCAGAAUAAACAGAGACAGGCGGCAGAAGAAGGAAAUGUAGCUGAGUUUAGUCGCCUUAUGGAACGUCUUGACGCUCUUCUUGGGCAAUUAUCUACAGCAAUUGAUAUGGCUGCUCCACAUAAUGCUAGUCUUGUAAACAACAAAUUCAACAGACCCGAGCUUCAAGCUCUUAUGCGCAACCUUAUUACUGCCUACAAGAAGCUUGGGCCUGGAAUUACUAGCAUAUUGAGCGAAUCCAAAGAAGAAGCUCAAAAGCAAUUUCUUGAUGAUAAUGAUCGAGUAUCCGACCGGCUUGCCAAGGCUAUUGCACGCUGGGGUAAGCUUCAAGCGGCAGCAGCAGCACGGGAACGUGAAUUACAAACAUGUAUCAGCAAGUUGGAUCACGAAUUCUUUACAAAGCUUGCUAUGGCCAAAUCUAAUCCACGUAAACAAGCACGCCAAGCAAAAGAAGCUCCACCUGCAAGCCCACUCAAGCGUGUCGCCGGACAGCCUCAACGCCAACAAUUGUCCGCUGGUACAGCAUCCCCAUUACCAAUGCUUAGUUCUCGCCGUAUGAGUAAUAAUGGUACUCUGGGAGUUUCAGACCAAGACAAUCGAUCUGUUUCUUCUAUCAGACGAUCGCAAACACCAACUGGUAUAUCUCACCCCCCUACUGCUAAACCACGCGCCUCUGGGUAUGUGCCUGAUCCAAAUAGUACACUUGAUGUGGCUUUGGGGCAGAUUGUGAACGAAAGUCCCUACAGACUUAAAGUAAAAAUGGUACCCGGUGAGGUCGGAAAAUACUGGUUUGGGGAAGAAUCCCCUCGUCUUGUUUACUGCAGAAUUCUUCCGAGUAAGCUUGUAAUGGUUCGUGUCGGUGGUGGAUGGGUUGAGCUCUCCAAAUUCUUGAGCGACCACGGGUUGACAGAUGGAGUUGUAACUCCACGUAACGACGGCCAAAAUACUCCAUCUACCUUAUGCGACGGUGCCCCGUUUCAAGAGAUCCACCUCCAAACCGUUCGAGCUGUCUCUCCUUCAGGUCGUGUAAUGAUUCGUGGAGGUGGGCUUGGAAUAUCGAGCGAAACAUCGGGAAUCAAUACUGUAAAUGGCACAAGUAGUAGUCUCGCCCCUUCACGUUCUUCCAGCAAAUCUUCCAGUAGUCAAUCCCGUUCUACCAUACCAACCGGCUUUGUUGAUGGUGAUAAGUAUGUCCGAGUAGACGAACUUGGAAACCAGAUGAUGGUCAAAAUGAAAAGGGCAGAAGAAGGAGCAAAGAUGCCCACAGUUUCCAAGAAAAAGCCUACUUAA